AUGCGGAGACGUGAUCUAAGCCAUCCUUUAAAGACUGUAGGUGAGUCAGGUUUUUGAGUGGGUGGCCUACGACCAUGUCAUUGGCAUACUUAACAUACAGGCAAUCGUUUCGCGAUCUCAACUCAUCAGUAUGUAGGGAGAAAAGAUGAGGGGAUAAGAUGGAACCUUGUAGAACUCCACACACCCCCCCCAAACGGACGAUUAGGUCUGUCACAAGCAAGCAGCCAACUCACCUUAACCUGCCCUGUGUACAGAAUAAACAUGUUCUCACAUCUACCUGACUUCAGACAUAAGACGGAACGAAAUUAUUUUGUGUGGUUGCAGUUGAACUUACCUGCUUGACAGCCACAGAUGCAAUAUGCGACCAAACUUUGCACAUUACUUAUUAUUGAGUACGGAUUUUUACGAAAGUGAUUUAGUUAAUUUCGGUGACCUUUAGCAGUUGCAAACAAAACGCUGUCGUUCACAUACCCAACCAUAGAUUUCUUCGUUUGUAUCUUUUAAGUCAGUUUCUUCACGCUCGUCCAUCAUCAGCUUCCGUGUUUUGAUGUGUUUGGUUCGCUUUUCGAUACCUCUGCUGCGCUGUCAUACACAUACAUAACUGCAGGUUUAUUUACUUGUACUUAUUCGGUCUCAGCCACCUCAGUAUACUUAAGGGAGGCAUUAUUGCAUAGGUUUAUGGAUACUUUCAGUAGACGGAGAGCAUCACUUUGAAUGUUCCCUCAUCACGUCCCGCUACUACGCGUGCGUGCUAUGCAGUAGCUAGGCUAACUUAUGAAAUGCCAACCGAAAUUCCGAAAUGCGAUUUCGUUUAGAAAAUAUUAAUUAAGGAGGUUUGUAAAAUAAGUCAGCCUGCAUCGUAAUUCUAUAAUAUUUCAGUUACAGCAAAAUGCCGGCUUCCGAGUUAAAUUCCUUCCGGCUGCAUGAAAAAGCUAGACCGUAGAAAAUUACUACUUAAGUAGCAUGAAGUUUUCUAAAUGAAUUUCAAUGCCCCAAAAGUCCAAUUAUACGUAAUGGAAAACAUGAAUAAAAAUAUUCAUUCCUUUGAUCAUUCGGUAGAUAACUACGUCGACUUCCAAUCUGUUGCUCUAACGAGGGACAUGAUUCGGUUUUAAACAUUUUCUCAUUGUGGGACUUUUAAAUAACGUGAAAUGGCAAAUACUAAAUCGUCAUGUCUCUGCAUUUACCUAUGUGGCUUUAAAGUUAGCAAUAUGGAUGAAACCCACUUACACAGUUUUUCAAAUGCGAAUUAUACCUUUACUUCGAAUAUAAAAAUGGAAGAAGAUGUAAUUUCCUACCAAAUGAGUAAAAGAAUGAAUAUUCGCAUGCAUGUUUCCCAUGAGAUAUAAUUUGGAGUUUAGGGGAGUGGAAAAUCAAUGAGAAAAAUUCAUGCUACAUAAGUAGUCAUUUUUUAUAAAGCAUAAUAUGUGCAUGCAGUCGGAAGGAAUUUCAUUCAGAAGCCGGCAUUCUGGGGUAGCUGAAUAUUAUAGAAUUAAUUUGCAGGCUGACUUAUUUUACAACCCUACUUUCGUAACGAAAACGCAUUUCGGAAUUAUGGCUGACAUUUCAUGAGUUAGUCCACUUACUGUUUCUAACCAUCACUUGUUUCACACGCACUCUACUGCUUUCGUACUCAAUUUCAAUACCUAUGGCCACGUUUGCGUCAUCUUAGUGCAUGUUUAGUCACUACACACCCACGCUGAAUUAUUUCGUCACCGGAGGUAACGAGGGGGUUUCGUCCCCAGUUGCCUUCGGACGGUAUUUCGAUUACUUGGUUAAGUUGUUCUUCGCAUAUCUUACCAUUACCUUCUCCCUCUAGCAAUGCAUUUGUGGGUUAUUCAGUUUCUUGAUCCGUGUCACAGCCCCGCUUCUUCUGCCCACACUUCGCCGUAUGACCAGCCUAUUGAACAUUCACUCCUGAAAUAUACUUAAACUACCGUACCACUGCUUUUUACAGUCCUCGCCAUUAAUCUGUCGAUAAUCUACAUACAGCAAAAAAGCCAAAUGCGCACAGCAGAACAAAGCCGCGUUGGUACAUUACUUGGACCUGACGCACAUUUACCACAUGCGGUAGGCCUUUGCCCACCUCCCGUGGUUGCAAUUGACUGCUAGCGGAAACAGACACAUUUACUCCAUGGCCCCUUACAACUCUCGUUUCACACAUUGCGCCCUUCUAGAAAACUGGGCCACCCAUUAUGGUGUUCUCUUAAUUAUUACUACCGAUCGAGUCUAGCUCUUUGAAUUUAAGCGUUUGUGUAGUCCUACUGACCUCUUUCUUGUUCUUGUCUAUGUACGACCUCCGUCCAUCUCUUAUCUAGCGGUCUAUUUGAACGUUUGCACGGUCAGUUUAAAGACUUUCUUCGAACCUAUGAAUCCCCCUCAUAAGCGCGAGCAUUUGCCUUUGCUCGAACCCGACUUGACGUUCUCUGCUGCCGAGCUAGUUUGCACCAUUAUCCCACAGAUUCCCGGCAAUUCGUGGCCUCGUCGAAGCUAAACCUGACUGGAUGCCGUUGAUUAUUUCUAAAUGUUUCGCCAAGCAAUAGUUAACCUCUGAGUUUGCCUCGAAUUGUUCGAGCAAGCAAGCAACAUGCCGAAUUCAACUUGCUAACGUGUUCUUUUGCAUUUACUGGUGUUAGUUGGUCACUCCAAAGGCCCUCUGGUAGGCUAUCUUGGACCCUAUUGAGCAUGGACAGUAUUUUACAAUCAUCCUUAGAUAGCGCACUCAGUUGGCCCCAAUAAACCACAUGAAAAUGGAUCACACUAAGCCUCUUUCGCUCGCUCAAAGAAAUGAGUCUUCUGCACGCAAUACGGGGCCUCCACUGGUACCCUCGUCUUCAUCUUAACUGGAUGAUAUAUUUGCGCGUCUCCCUACCCUCCACCUCCAGCUCCUCUACGCACAGUGGUUGUCGCGCCCGCCUUCCCUAUCGCAAGCCACUCGUUCACUGUGCCAAAGACUUUAUAUUUAACUACGGUUUUUGCGUUUUCAAACGCCGUUUUUGUGCAGAUGGGAGGAUAGUAAUGAUAUAACAAGAGUUUCGUUCCAGUGCGUUAUAAAGUGCAUCAAUUCUGCAUCGAGCCGUAUGCACAUGUUUUAUGUGAUUCUUCUUAAGUGAAUGACGUAUAUAACCUGUAGACAUCAACCGCUUACGUCCGGGAAUAAGCUCAGUUAUGUUAGACAGGAUCAUCAAAUAUGAACGUAGAGUAAUCAGGGCUGGCUCCUUGGAAAAAAGAUGACAUAUUUGUCGGCUUCACUCUACAAAAUGAUAAGCUUUGCAUGACCUACAUGAGUAGAAGCCCGCCUUUAGCAAAAGCCUCCUGCUUCUAAUGUUGCCGAGAGCUGUAAGAGUGGUUAAAGGAAAUGAGCGCGGAUUAUUUGUAUAUGGAAUCAAAUAAAAUAAUAAGUAUCGCGGGUGGAGAUGAAAUGUCCGUUUGCAGUCUCAUGUUUUCUACUAUAACACACGUUCUACUUAAAAAGGAUAGGAGAAAUAAUCAAAUUGCAUCGCGUUGCUACAGUAACAAUCCUUUGAACAGUAGGAAUGCCAUUUUACGGCAUGUUGAUUAAAAUUCUGAAAUACGCUUUACUUCCAAAAUACGGCCUCAGUAAGCUUGUUAUAUUAAUAAGACAUUCCAGACAUGUCAAGAUGUCGGCUUUAGAACAAGUGUUUUAACAACUGCGCAAACUACAUUCUACAAACAAUGACUGCUUAAAUAGCAUGGACGUUUCCUGUUGAUUUUUAGUAGCCAUUUGAACUCAGGCAUAUAUUUAAUUGAAAAGAUGCACGAAUAUGUUAUUUCUUCUAUUCAUUAGUCAGAAACCUAUGUAAUUUUCAAUUGUUAUACUUGAAGAAAAAUACUAUUCGGUUUAAAAACGUUUCAUAUCAUGCGACUUCCUAAAACCGUGAAAUAACUGAUCGUACGCCAUCGCAUCCACAGGUUUAUUAAUGCUGCUUAUACAACAAACAACAGAAUCCAUAUACACUACAAAAUUUGAUGGACCCUAUGUAAUCUCUUUGUUGUAUUGUGAAGAAAUAUAUUAAUAUCCUUUGUCGAAACGCGAAAAUAUUGUAGCUCGGAAACCCUGAAAGCAGGUGCAUCUGCAGAUCGGAUUCAAAAUUACUUGGAAAGUUACAAUUUUUUAUAACCUAACGAUGCGUUUUCUCCAAGGAAAACAUUUGAAAAGGCGUAUUCCGCUGCCCAAACAAUUUAAAUAUAGAAUACUGUUGUGCGUGCUUCACGUCAACUAUAUUUUAAUUUAUAAUGUGUGACAAAAACAGUAGUAGAAAUACAUAAUAAUUAAGUAGUCCUUUUUUUGGAAUGUGGUUUAGUAAGGCGGCAAAUAAGACAUUCAUUCGAUUAGGAGCACGCACACCCUGGUCGCUCAAACUACCAAACCAUAAGUCCCUUUGUUGCGUUUGUAAGUGGAGAUGCGAGGCAACUGUCGGCGUAGCGGGAACAUAUAGUCUUUUCUGCGUACUCCCUAACCACUGAUGGUUUUUUAAUCAAUCAACCACCAACAAGCAGGGUUGUUCGUUUAAUUUCCUACUCGUUGUCUUUAAAGCACUUCAUCGUCUGAAAUCGCCUUAAGUAUCUAAGUGACUUCCCACAUAUACAAUUUCGCAUCCAGCGGGCCUUGUUAGUUGAACUCUGACACCUGACACCGCCAUUAAUAAUGUACAUUUUUCGAUAUGAUUACAUUUUAAUGCUAUCACCCGAAAGACCUCCUGUAAUAGAUUUAGGAUUCCGUAACUGGUUGCAGACAAAUGCUUACUUCGGGCGACUGCUCUUCAGAAUGUGUCUGUUUAAAGUGGACUCUCACAAGGGUCAGUUGUUAGGUCGCUCCUUUUUAUUGUCUUUGUACAUUAUUUUGUACAAUGUAGCGCUCCUUGCAAAUUGGGAACAGAGGAGAAGACAUCGUAAACUCCUAUAUAAUGCCAUAGAAUAUAAAUAAGUUGAAGACAAGGGGCGAACUCUGGUACAUGAAAUUCAAUAUUGACAAACGUAUGAUAAUUUACAUAAUGUCAACAAGACAAAUAUGAAAUGUGCCUUCGCAACAGCACAUCUUGGAAAAAACAAGCAGUAAAAACCGUAAAGGCGCAAAAUAGCCCUGACGUUUUUGUAAAAGAUGGUCUAAAUGCAACAUUAAAGUGUUCCCAAGUCGCAGCUUAGGCAACGUUAAACAUGAGGCCUCUACAGGAAACGUUUAUCGAACUGGUUGUGAAUAUCUACGGUAAGACAGCAGGAUUAUGCAGUACAGGUUUGGCGGUCGUGGCCUACAAAGUGCAUAGAUAUUUUUGAAGGCGUAAAACGAAAUGCUACAAGGUUGGUCUCUGAACGCAAAGUUUGACGUACGAACAAAGCCUCGCCGUGUUUAACCUCCGCCCCAUCUACCAGGGGGACCCUAUAAAACGUUCCAGUCGCUGAGGGGAAUCGAUCUUAAUAUGGACUGUGAAAAUGCUUUCGAAUUAGCACCGUGUAUUUAACAGGCGUCUAAAUAUUCAACCAGGACACCCCAAACCCUUUCAAAUUAGUCACUAAUAUGAAAGUUGAUAUGCUACUGUUGGGAUUUCAAUAGGCCAUUUUGUUUACAGUAUUUUACCACCUCUGAACUAAUUGCUUGCCAAUGCAGUUAAUGCGCUAUUCGCUGUUAUUUAACCAGCCUUUUAACUGUCCGGCCUCACUAUCAGUCUUCUGAAUUUCGCAUGCGGUAACUAUUUGACAAUCCUUCCAACUUAGCUGCUCUUUACACAGUCUUGCACUUUUUCAGUUAAGUCAAAGUGCUUCUUCCAUUUACUUCGAAAUCGUUGAUACGGGUUCACCUGAUUUGUUGUUGAUUCUUCGUUCACAUAGUAAGGCAACAGGCGAAAAUUGAAGAGUUAUCGUAUAAUGUGCCUUUAUUCCGGAGCGCGGACUGUAUUCAUUCAGUUAACAUUUGUUAAGUUGGUCACGUCACAAGCAGGUGAAGUUAGGAUAAUUAGAGUAAUUUGAAAUGCGUCUCCUUUCAAAUUUGUUAUGCACAAUCGCCCAUUAAUAAAUUUUUUGAACAAGUUAAUAUGUUUGUUGUGUCUCAUCAGAACCUGUACAGCAGUUGACAAUUGCAUGAGGUGUUAACCGAAAAUUCUACGGUGUGUUUUUAACUAGUGCCGCGCGGUUUGAAUUUUGAGUUGCAAGACGGAAGUUUUUAAAUCGAGUCUCUUCGCUGAAAACGACUGUCCUUCACCAAAACGUGGAUUAUAAAACGCCUUUCUGACAACGAUCCUCCAGCUAUCGCCAUCGAUACUCCUAUCGUUCGAUCAGAACAAACUUCAGCAAAAACGGUCUAUCUGUCGGAAAUCUCGGCUUGUCUACAGGGCCUACCCAUCCAAUACACCGUCUCAAAUUGCUCACAGAAGUUAGGAGCAACAUCUACGAUAAGGCUGAGUCGAUAUUUCUACACUGCUUGCUGUGCUGCUUAAAUUCGGACAACUCGAGUUGUCUCACUUUACCAUANCAACGCUUACUGACAUGCACAUAUGCAAAUUUUGUCCCCGGACAUAUUAUUUAUUUCGCUGCACUCGAAACGACAGCUCUACAACUGCUCGUACCACUAAAAUUCGAGACAGUUUGUUUGUCUGUACAGACCUGACGCUUUUCCGAUUAUUUGUUACUUUAUGAUACCUUUUCGAGUUUUUGAGAUUUUGCAGUUGCUUGUAAACAAAUAGGGAGUUCAAAGGUGAAGACCUACAUUUCCCUCAAUAAACUGAACUGAACUGAACUGAACAUAAGUAUGUCUGUGGUAUCACUCAUCGCGCGACAUAUCGCUAUGAUAUUUAGGACUUGCCAGGAUGUUGAAUUUGUGAUUGUACCUCUUUGUCAUCCUCCGAUAAAAACCGCAAUGAUUAAAAAGCGCCCACUUAAUCAGUAUACGUCUUCUUGUAUUGGUUUGCAACGGUCUUAAAAGUCCAAAUAUAUUUUAUAGAAACCAUGAAAAGAUAUACGCUUUUUUACCUCUAUUUCUGAAAAUUGCACGUUAUUUGUAUUUUGUAUACAAAGACAAGGCGCACUUAGGUUUUCAAAAGUUUGAACCAUACCAACCAGCCAUUGCAUUGGCGUUUAACGGUUUCACUCUACAAGGUGCAUAUUUUUGCAUGCAGAAAAUCAUAUAUUCCUCUCACCUGUGAGAAAUUGAUAUGAAGACUUCAUGGAAUUUUUCAGUGGAUAUGAAGUAUGCAGCAUAAAUUAUGAGGAACAUUAAUAUACGGAAAGGUAUAAUGUCGUAUGAGUGAACAUCGCACAGUCUUAAAAAAUCUCACAAUUAGAAACCCUUUAAAUCCGAAAGAUACUCUUUCUUUGAGCAUAAAAUAGAGAAAAACGUGAUUCGCUAUAAAAUAAGUAAAAAAAGCAUGUUUCUGUAAAAUAUUUUUGAAUUUUUGAAUAUGUAGGAAAUAAAUUUGGAAAAUGUAUGCUUAUCAAGUAGUCGUUUUUUCGAGUGUGGUUUUAACGGAUGCGCCAAAAGGGGUAGGUUCUAAAACCAAAAUCCUGACGAAUUCGGAAUAUAAUGGCAGUAUGCCGCGUAGUACAAAAUCAUAUGAGUAAUGCUCCCCAGCCAAAAACGUAUUUCAGAAUUUCUGUCAACAUUUCAUGCGAUAGGUCACUUCCUCUGUAAAAUCCCGAGUUCUAAAAAAAGCAGAAGGCACAAGAAUGAGGAGUUCAUUGCAUACAGAACCCCACCUUGUCCUUUUGGACGGCAGUGGCCACUGGAAUGGCCAGAGCUAGCGCUGAUCGAGUUCAAUCCUGCCUGAUAAUCCUUGAGACAGUGUUUCGUGAGCCAAGCUGAAGUGGUCUCCAAUCAUUGUGUGUGCUCGUUGCAUUUACUGAUGGGUGAUGCUCAAGUGGCUUAUAUUGCAUUCACAGUAGGGGCCGCGUUUUCGAGUGGCGGAUGGUCAGCUGCGACGCUGUGCACGCACGUGCGUUCGAGUUGAAAUCGUUCGAGUGGCUGCGGAUCAGUGCACCAGAACUCGCUCUUGGAGAAAGGAUCGACAUUAGCACAUUUAAAAGGGGCAAAGGUAGACUGUCCAUCGAAUUGCAGCCUGUGUGGGAUAGCCACAAUAGGAUAUGCCAGUAACGUUUAGCAGCAUUUACUUCGACUACACAAAGUGUUUACUUGAGGAGACUAUGGAAUAUUCCUCGGUAAUACAGAUGGACAUAAUUUGAUCGCCUCAAAUGCCGCCAGACAGAUAUGACUAGAAUACCACACUGAAAUCUAAUUCGAGUUAAUAUGCCCUUACAUUCAACCAAAGUGCUAAAUGCAGAUUUGGCAAAACGACGCCCUUUAUUUCACAAAAGUCAUUCGUAGGUUUGCAAUUCAGUCAGAGGUGCAUGUUUUUACCAGUGGAAUGUUUCGGAUAAACUGAUACAAACUAGCGUUUGAAAUACUGCUACUAAUUAUACCAUGCAUUUCCCUUAGGCCUAACUGUCGGAGACCUAGAUGCCGCCGGAUGACACUAGUUGGUAUUAUGUACACACUUUCUUUCGCCGUUUGUUAAAACUUUAUUUUAGGCGCAUUAACUAAAUUAUUUGCCUCUGUUUAGUCCGGUUGUGUACGUUUUCAAAAAUAUACACUAGUCGGAAUUCAGUGCACUUCUGAAGUCGGUCGAUUCGUGAUUUUAACCCUAGUGCAUAAGGAAAUUUAUUAUUGACUGGGUUUCAACUUACUUCGCCCCCAGAGUAAAUGUUUUUUUUAUUAAAUUUAUUGCAGAGACAGUUACGAAAAAAGACAUGUGAUGUUAUGCUUCCUGCGAUUAAAACCAAUAGGAUGUCGGUCGAGCCUCUCAGGCAAUUUAAACUUCCAAAAUAUAUCUGUCGAUUGCAUGAGAAAAUAGCACAUCAGCGAAGGCGAACAUGAUGGCACCUUUUCAAGUUUUCGCCUUAGUUUCAACAUUACUGGAUUUGGGGUUUGUCAGCACUUUUCUGUUUCCUAUUAUAAGCUUGGUUUUCUAAUUCAGUAAGCUGUAGUGAAAAUGAACUCUUGUCUAUUCGGUUAUGUCAUGGACAGCGGUGUUGUUUUAUGCGUACUCUCUUCAAAUUAGAACCGAAUUGUCAAAGGACAACGUUCCAUUUAGUCAUGAAGACUUUAAAAUAACCUCAGUAUCCACUUUUUCUAGUAGUCUCCCUGCGCAGGACUAUCUACCAGCCUAAAACAUUGUAGGCUGCAGUCAAACGGCACACGGAGUAUUGAUUACUCGUUUAGGUUCGAAGCAUUUUAAUUCAUGUGUUUAUGUCUUAAUGUUCUCAGAAACCCUUCAUGAAGUCAGUAGGGCUUAACAUGGUUGUUCUCUUUGGGCCGAAGUCGAAAUAUUUCGGGUGGGCAAGAGAAAUCCCAAUCGCUUGUCAUGAUUUCAAAUCUUGCCGGGGAAUUUAAACCGUUGAAAGAGGUUUUGGCUAAGUAGUGCGAACACUUAUGAGUAUUUUAACUGAAUAGAUAAAUCGAGUCAUAGAGUGCACAUUUCGAUAUCAUUAGUCACUACGUAACACCGUUCUUAAGCCAACAAAUAAACAACUUAUUAAGCUUAUGUUUCUUUGGACGAUCGGAUUAAGCAGGUAACCCCUACGCGUUCGCUGAUUAUGAGUUACAAACGGACAUUCAACGACUGGAAAAACGCGUUUUGUGCUCCUUUUAACACAUAUAACAUGUGUUUUGCCCUUUCUCUAGUUAACUGGUUUACAGGACAAAUAUACUAAUUCAAAUAAAUAUAUGAGAUAUCCGUCAAUGUUAACUAAGUCAAACAAAACGCCUUUCUAAAAAAAUACUAUAGCAAAUGUGUUAAACAAAAAUAACCUUUAUUUAAAAUAUGAAGUUAUUUUCAGGUUUGGACAAAAGUUGUGUUCCUGGAGUAAUCGUUUGUUACCACACGGAGCAACCGGGAACUUCACUGUGCAGGUGCCCAUAUAUUACAUUUAUCGGGUGAGUUCCGACAUACGAAAAGGCCCCGUUCAGACCACAAAACAUGGCUUUUAUAUGACACCACUUAAUGUUGAAAAACAUGAAAAUGAUAUGCUGCACACUUUUCUAGAAUGGAUAUCUUAACGAGGAACCAUUCUCGACUUAUUUAUGGGCGAGGGGUUGGUGUUCGUACAAGCGAGGAUACUUUCCUUGCUCCUACGAGAAAAGUGAGGUCUUUAUGAACGUGUCUGAACCGUUUAGUCUGCUUUUGAUCUUUAUUUAGUUAACAACUGUUUACAUUCGUAAAAGCGGUUUAAAGCGUAGUAAUUUAAUAUAAUUAAAUGCCAAAAUACGCUCAGAUUAUAAAUUGCUUUCAUCACCGACCUCGGUUGCCUGUUGCAUUUAGAACAUCACCAAAAUUUUUAAUGAAUUAAUUCAUAAAUACCGUCAAAAAUCAUGAGAUUUUCUAAAAAAACUGAUACAUAUCUCUUCAUUGGCUUCUAAAGAGCACGAUGUCGACGUAACUCGUCUUACGCUUCCAAGCAUCCAAGAGCUCUCAUACGUUAUGCUAAAGGAUUGGUACCCAAUAACUCUUCACAGACCGGAAGACAAAACCGUCCGUACGUUUAUCUGUAUCAGUCCUUUACAAAAUGACUGGAUGCACGUCCGAUGUUUUCAUCUCAUUUGAAAACAGUCACUAAAUGUACGGUGUACCAUCUACUUCUAUCGCUGCCUUCAACUUUAGCUGGCUUUUACGUGGAUAAGGACACACAGCUGGACGUCUGCCCUCAAUACAGCACCGUCAACUUGCGAUGGUACUUCAAUGGCAAUGAGGCCGACUUACAGAAUGUACGUUAUGGAAGUCUGUCGUUCGUGAUUGUAACACCCAGCAGAAUGAGCGCGUGUUGUAAAAUGCUGUGUUCCUUUCAACAGGUUAGCUGUUAUCAGUUGGGGAUACGUCAUUGCAGUGGACUGCAACCGUUCGAAAAGCAAGAGCAUGGAAAAUGCCGUAAAUGUCAUGCUAUUUUUGAAAUUUCAUCACGUCGAGUAUAUUGUGCAUGCCUCUUAGUGACUGAAAUGUGAAUCCACAACAUAGGAAAUAGCAUUGACAAUAGAUGCGAAAAUUAUUAUGAACUUCAUCUACAAAGACGGAAUAUUUUAUCAUAUUGUGCAAUAUAUUUUGGCGAGACAGUGAUAUACGUAAUGGUUUGCGCUUAUUUGUGAUAAACAACGACAAACCCAUCGAAAUGCAUUCUUUAAAAUUAGCCUUAGUCCAUAAAAUACUGCAUGAGGAUGAAGAUUCGAUUCAAGUAGACAGAUCCAUCGAUUUACUUUUUUCGUUUUAUUGCCAUAUUUGUGCAAACCUUUAGGAUAUAGGAAUGUGAAAGGCAAAAUAAGUAUCGGAUUUAUGUUUGCCAAACCACCCACACGCCUCGGAUUCUAUUACUGCUAUUUGGAUAGUGAGAAGACAAAGGCCCUGACUUAUAUCGUAGAUUGGAAAGGUUAGUUUUCACGUCAAGUAACAGCCUUGCUAUGCAACAAACAUUUUUACAUUUCUAACGGUUUUCUGAAAGAACGCUGGCAGCAAAUGUCAUUGAGCUUUAUUACUGAUUGUAGAUUUAAAAACAAAAACCGUCCUUUGUUCUUGUCAUGUUUAGUCAUGAUCUGAAUGAUUACUUAUGGCUAUAUAGCAGUAGGCUCACAGAAGUGCCAGAAUCCACGCAGAAAAUCGGUGAGUAGUACAGACGCUGGUGUCGAUUCAUCAGGCCUGAUGGGUUGCACUUCAUGACUCGCAAAACAAUGGAACUGCGCUGGAUAAAUACUACUUGGCUUUAAAUCGCGCGUGCACCUUCGGCAAAAACCAGCCAUAUAUCCGCAAUGGCGAGCUUGACUGUCCUGCCCUGACCAUAUUACAACGAACUACCGCUAGUAUUAUUUCGAAGAACAUCGAAUGAUCUUUCAUGACCGUAUGGAUAAAAAUAUUUGUAAAAUUCGCUUAAAGCGAUGAAUGACUGACAAGCUUACGCAGAGAACCCCUCGGAAACUAUUGAUCACACACAACCGUGAUUUUAUCACUCCAGUUUUACGUCACACUCUCUGAUCUUAUGGUUAGUAACCCUCAGAUCGGAAAACGUGAUUUGAUUUUCUGCAAGAGCAUACCGGCGAAUGAAAGUACUGUUCUAAACCAAAUAACUUACACAGAAACAUCAAAGCUGUUUCACAGUUUAUGGUCUUUAUUGGUUAUUUCAAAUGUUCUAACCGCAGACAAGGGAAAUGCUAGUGGUAAUAGAAAAGUAGUCUUUGAAUAAUUGUCCUUAUGUUAGUCCAGCUGCUGACUUUGGUACACAGUUAAGGAACCUUGUUGACACCGGUAAUUUUUUGCAAAUUCUUACAGAUGUCACGAAAACCAGGGACGAGCCCAUUGGGUCAGACUUGGCUGAGCGUCGGAGCAUUCGAGAAUCAACUUCCGGCGCAAAACUAGUAUUGGGUGAGUAAGUAACACCAUUGUCUUGCAUUUCGCCUAACGUUUAUUUAUUAGCUGAUUCAGAGGGAUAUUUGACUGAGGGAAAGUUGAUGCUAGAAGAGUGGCACAAACUACAAAACGAAGUUUUGAAUUUAAGGGUUUAGGUCCGCAGUGCGUGUCAAUGAUUUGGACAAGGACAGCCUUGCACGCUCGUAGUUAAUAAAUCUCAAGUCUCAGACAAAUGUGUGUUCAUGAUUUGCGACAUUCAUUUUUUGCGUCUUUCUUCACUUUUCAGGUGACACCGCGUUGCUGUUGUGGUCUGUGAUUUUGCCGAUAUAUCUUGGGACUCUGCAGACAAGCCAAGGGGCACAAACACUUCCUAAAUGA